AUGUCGAACGAUCUCGCGGCCGCCCCCUUCGUUCCCUCGCCGCUGUCUCUGCAAGAUGAGUCCGCCGCCGCGCCCUUCAAGCGCAUGUACGAGCGGCUAAAGGAGGAUGUGCCGGGGUACGAGUUCCUGGACAAGAUCCCGCCCUUCCACUCCAGCUACGAUGAUUGGCACUUCUUCGGCCGCCGGCGAGUGCGAACCGGCCCAAAUGGACGCAAGACGAGCGCCUCGUCUAUGACCGACUCGUCGAAACCAUCGAGCAUCCGAACGCGAUCAGACUACGAUGUCUCCAACGAUGAAGAGAAAGAGAGGGAUGUCUGGGUGGUUGGCCGUAUGUCGAGACAGAUACUCCGUCUGGAGCGCGAAUUCAAGAUGUGCCAGUCCUUGUUUCGCAAGUCAGGCGACAAGGCGCAUUUUGUACGGCCGCUCGACUUCUUCCGUUUGCCUGCGCGACAGCCUGGAGACGUUCCAGCAGCUAUAGUGAUAGUGGAGGCACCUGGCCGAAACUACUUGCGAGAACUCGUCGAAUUUGGUCCAAACUUCUACAUGGGCUCAGCAGACUCGCCACAGGCGCCGCGAAGUGAGGCCUGUAUUGCCCUGCUGACGUUCCUAGAUUUCGCUAUUGGCGCAUCGGAAUGUCUCGAGUUCAUCCACCACGAGCACCAGUCGAUCCAUGGCGAGAUUCGCGGGGAUGCAUUCCACUACAACAGAGAUAACUGUCAAGUCAGAAUGGUCAACUUUGGCUCGGGUGUUAGAAGCUUCGAGCACGGCUUGACCUCUGCGAACUGGUCAACGCUCAUGUCGGAACGAGGCGUCGAACACAGGCUGCAGUUCAUCGCUCCCGAACAGACAGGUCGCCUUCCAGCGGAACCAGACGCUCGAACCGAUAUCUACUCGCUUGGUAUUCUCUUCUGGACCAUGCUCACUGGACAACGACCCUUCGAUGGCAAGACUCCUCUCGACAUAAUGCAGAAUGUCUUAUCUAGGCGAAUACCUCCCGUUGGCUCGAUCCGGCAUGAUGUUCCAGACGCUCUCACCAAAGUCAUUCAAAAGAUGACGGCUCGCAACAUGGACGAUCGGUAUAACAGCACAUCUGGCGUCAAGUACGACAUGCAACAGCUGAAGAAAAUAUUGAUGGAGGGUGAUCAGACUGCUCUGGCCAACUUCCAGAUCGCGUCGACCGAUCUUAGCUGUUUCUUUACGCUUCCUACCCAGCUAGUUGGCCGCAAAAGGCAGAGAAAACAGAUUAUCGAUGUCAUCGAGUCUGCGGCCGAACGUGCAGCUCGAAAUGGCCCGAUCCUUGGCCGCAAGACUUUGUACAGCAUCAGCAGUGGAUCCAGCGUGAUUUCCGGUGGAGGAGAUACGCUCGGUGGCAUCGAAGACGUUUUGAGCGACAGCACGUCUUCCACAGAUCGAGAGCGCAGCCGUGACGAUGGUCGUUUGAUGUCUAUCCCUGAACUCGCACCGCCAUCUGAGCUAUCGAGACGGAAAACGCGGUCACAGGAGCGGCCAGGACGAGCAGGAAGUGUAUCAAGUUCCAUGACAUCCAUCAACGGCGACACAGACAUGAGGCCGGUUGAGACGAAUCAUUCUGUCGAUAGUCGUGGCUCAUCUCACCACAACACUCAGGACAGCCUAUAUAGGACCACGUCGAGCUUCCAGACGACGUCGUCCGAACCCAGCACAUUGCUUCGGACUGCACACCGGCUGAAGAAGAAAGGCAAGACUGAGCUCAUCAGCAUUUCAGGUCCAGCAGGUUGUGGCAAGUCCAGUCUGGUCCAAAGCAUACAGGCCUCUGCUCGGAAAUCCGGCUACUUCACGUCUGCCAAAUGGGAUGCUGUUCGAACAUCACCCUUCGAUCCAGUGGUGCGAGUCAUGUCGUCUCUGUUUCGACAGAUCUUCUCAGAGAACGAUGUUAACACCCCGUUCCAUGACAACAUCCGCAACUUCGUGAGACCAUUUUGGCCUCUGCUCCACGGAUUCCUUGAACUGCCUCUUUGGCUGCUCGCUCCUACAUCUAAUGGAAAGCUCUCGGCUGCCAGUGCCAAUCAGCCUGUACAAAACGGCGCUCCACCGGAACGGAAGAAAUGCUCAGCUGCUAGUACGCAGGAGUGGUUACGAGCCGGCGGUGGAUCGAAGAGCUCGCGGUUCAUGCACAUUUUCCUGGACGUCCUGCGUCUUCUGGCUGUUCAAAAGAUGAUAUCGAUCUGCUUGGAUGAUCUGCAAUUCGCAGACACUGAGAGCCUCGAGCUGAUAUCUGCCAUCUCCAAGUCGAGGAUACCCAUCACACUCAUUCUAACGUAUCGUGAAGAGCAUCACCUCACGCCCGCAAUGAGGCGAAUACUCGAACACGCCACUAAAGUCGAAGUAGGUCCUUUCAGCGACGAGGAGACGACACAAUUCGUUGCCGAGACAAUGCACCGCGUGGCUGACGCGGAUUACUGCACCCCCCUUGUUGCUGUGAUCCAAGAACGGACACAUGGAAAUCCUUUCCACGUGAAAGAAAUGCUCGAGCAGGCAUACCGCAGCAAGUGUAUCUACUAUUGCUGGAAAUGCUCCAAGUGGGAAUUCAGCCUGGAUCGUUUGUUUGAGGAAUUCAGCUCCAAAAGUCCACUCUCGACGACCGAUUUUAUUCUCAAACGGAUCAAGGAUCUCCCUCUAGACGCGCAAACAGUCCUCGCCUGGGGAGCCAUCAUCGGCAACUCCUGGAAGUUCUCGACCCUGAAGCGCGUCAUGUCGUGCCAGUGUUCACAGCUGUCUCCGCAGCCGCUCAUACCACCUCGCUCUCAAGACGCUGUCGCUGGACUGCAAAUCGCCCUGAACAGCUUCAUAAUAAUGUCCACUGACGAUGAGGAUCGGUUCAAGUUCAGCCAUGAUCGAUACGUGCAAGCUGCAGAAUCGCUCAUCACUGGGAGCACAUACGAGCCCGAGGAGAUGCACUUUGUCGUCGCGUGCUCCAUGAUGAAGCACGAACCGUACGAUCCUCUGAAUAUGCCAAACAAGGUGUUGUUUGAGCAGGCUAGACACAUCUGUGAAGGCCUAGCUGUCGUCAAGAAGAGAGCGGCCAAGAAAGCGCCUUUCCGUGAGCUCCUCUAUCAAUCUGCGGAACUUGCACGUGAAUCAGGAGCUAACAAGUCCGGCCUCUUCUUUUUCGAAACCUGCCUGGACUUGCUUCCAGAGAACCCAUGGACCGAUUCUGCGGAUUCGACAUACGUUGAGACGCUGACUCUAAAGACCCGUGCGGCUGAGGCCUACUGGUAUGAUGGACAAUACGAGAAGGGAAAGCAGCUACUAGAUGAAGUCUUUGAACGAGCUCAAGACUUCACCGACAAGACACCCGCCGCAAUCAUCCUGAGUCGAAUGCACGCCCAGCGCGGUGACAGCAGUUCCGCGUUCAAGGUACUAAAAGCUGCUCUUUUCGAUGUCGGCAUCAAGGUACCGGAGACAAGUUGGGAAGAAUGCGACGAAGAGUUUCACAAGAUCCUUCCGCUUCUGCAAAUGACGCCGCCGGAUCUUGACCGAGCAGAGGCAGAACGUGGCAGAUCUGUAGACCGGACACUGGCUACUCUUGGAGCCCUACUAACGGAGACCAUCUCAAGCGCGUUCUGGUCGGAUUCUCUUCUACACUAUCAGGCCACUCUGAUCGUCAUGAAGAUCUAUCUUGAACGAGGCGUGUUCCCACAGGCAGGUCUCGGUCUCAUCAACUUCGCUACCCUCUCUGUCUGGCGGUUCAACAUGGUCAGCGAGUCUAUGGAACUGGUGGAGACGGCAUUCAAUAUUAUGAAUACCUACGAUCAGGAGUUCUACACUAUUGGCCGGACGCUUACACUCUACAGUGUCUUCCUCGGGCAUCUGCACAAGGAUAUGCGUGAGUGUUUCAUUGCUUUGAACCGCGGGCUGGAUGCUGCCGCCAGUGCCGGCGACAAGAUUCUCCACCUACUCAACCUUGGAAUCAUGAGCUCGUACAGGCUUUGGGCAUCAGAGAACCUCGCCGAGAUCGACGCGUUCAUUUCCAGUGUCGGAGACGAGUUCCCGGACUGGACUACCAAUCUUCGCGGUGGAGCCUUCCUCAUGGGUAUUAGGCAACUGUCGCGUGCUCUCGCUGGCAAGACGUACGUCAAGUCCGCUCAGGACGUGCUCACCGACCACGCACAUCAGACCGAGGCAUAUGAAGAUCUCAUCCGAGCUACAGCGUCGAAUCCAGAGCGGCCUCUUGUCAUCUAUAGAUGUCACAAGCUCAUGGCAAUGCAUUACUUCGGACACUUCAAGGAGGCAGUGGAGUACGCAUAUGAGCUUUUGCCAUUGGCGGACGGUCUCCUCUCCUCGAGGUAUCAUUAUUCCAUCUACUUCAUCCUCACGAUGUCAUUAUUGGCAAUCAUUAGGGAUGAGCCCGAUCGUGCUGAUCGUCAAGAGCUUUUCGACAAGGUGCUGGACUAUCGUACCCGCUGCGACAUUGUCACACGCUACAACGACGUCAAUUACGUGGUAUACCUGGAGUUGAUGGACGCUGAGAUUGCAGAUGCUGAGAAGCGUUAUGGUGAAGUCUUGGCACAUUACGAGAAGGCGAUCAACCACGCGGUUCUGCAUUCAAAUACAUUGGACGAAGCACUCAGUCUAGAACAUUACGCCGACUGGAUGUGCCGUAGAGGAGCCGCUCGGCCUGCUCGCGGCAUCUUACUUGAUGCUAUGUCAGCAUACAGGAGAGUUGGCGCCUUUGGCAAGGCUAAUCACUUGCAAGAGCGAUCCGAGUUUCUCCUCUACGGCAGCAGAAGCCUCUCGACUGUCGACGCGGGCACGCAGACCGACCUCGACGUCGUGUCCGGUCCCUCAUACGCCUACAAACUCGAAAAGAUUGCCAGCCAUCAGGCCGUACAGACGCCGGCAGAUAGGACUGUCGAAUGGCUAGAUCCGUCAACUGCGGCCGCUCCCCAUCAUAAGGAGGCACCAGCUGCGCUCUCUUCGGCCGUUGGCUUGGAUAUGAUCGAUCUUGCGGGGAUUCUGGAGUCUUCGCAGUUGCUGUCGUCGGAGCUUAAUGUCGAACGGCUGCUUUCGAAGUUGACGACGAUAAUAGUGGAUUCGACCGGAGCUUCGUUGGUCGGUCUCGUCGUUGAGAGCGAUCAAGGCGAAUGGUGCGUGGCUUCAGUCGGCACUCCGGACAACAUCGACGCACCCGAAGACGGCAUUCCUCUGGACGAUGUCGAGGACCCGGUUGCCAGGCAAGUCACUCGUUACGUGCUACGCUUCAAGGAGCAGGUGUUUCUGCGAAACGUGCUCGACGACGAGCGUUUCAACAGUCUAGCCGACUCGUGGCUUGAGAAGAAUCCUGACGGUGCAUCCAUGAUCGCUAUCCCCAUCUUGCAUGGCGACCAGGUCUUGCUUGGAAGCUUGUACUGCCAAGCGCCUCCGAAUACCUUCACGGAGCGGACAGUGACUCUCCUCAAACUCCUGGUGAACCAGAUUGCCAUCUCGAUAGCCAACGCAUUGCUCUUCAAACGCUCUGAGAAGGUUCAAGCCAGCAAUACGUCGAUGCUGGAAGUUCAGAAACAGGCGCUUGCACAGGCUCGAGAAGCAGAGAAGAAGGCCAAAGCUGCCGAAGCUAAGGCCAUGGAGAUGGUGCGACUGAAGGAUGAGGCGGCCAAGGCGAAGUCGAUGUUCCUGGCCAAUGUAUCUCACGAGCUUCGAACACCUCUCAACGGUGUGAUCGGCAUGAGUGAGAUGCUGAAGAGCACGCCUCUCAAUAAGGAGCAGGAAGAGCAUGCCGACUCGAUCAGAGUCUGCGCCGACACUCUGCUCAGUGUCAUCAAUGACAUUCUGGAUUUCAGCAAACUCGAAGCUGGCAAGAUGCAGGUAUUCUCCGUGCCGUUGUCGCUGACUGAGACCAUCAGCGAGGUGGUACGAGCACUCUCUUACACCAACAUUGAGCGGAAUCUCGAGACCGUUCAGGACUUGCGACUCGAUCCGAAUCUUGUUGUCAUGGGCGAUCCCGUGCGUCUACACCAGAUUUUGAUGAACUUGAUGUCGAAUGCGUACAAGUUCACUGCGAAAGGCAAGGUCACGGUUCGAGCAAAGGUCGAUUCUGAGGACGCAGACAGCAUCAAGGUUACUGUGUCGGUCACGGAUACUGGUAUCGGUAUCUCAGAAGAGCAGCAGAAGAAGCUCUUCUUACCAUUCUCGCAAGCAGACUCCAGCACUGCCCGCAGCUACGGAGGCACAGGUCUCGGACUUUCAAUUUGCAAAGCCAUUCUCGAGAACGUAAUGCAGGGCCAGAUCUGGCUUGAGAGUACUCCGGGUGUGGGCACGACCGUGUCUUUCAGCUUGCCUUUCAAGAAGGUCAAGCAUGGCGAUAUGGGCGAGCAGAAUGGCGGCACACCACACGGACGGGAAGCGGAUCCAAUGGCCAUCUUUACACCUCCAGCGGAAGACGAUGGACCAGGUGCGAGGGCGAUCAUGAGCUUGCAGGGUAUUCCGCGCGAUCAGUUGAAGGUUUGCAUUGCUGAGGACAAUCCCAUCAACCAGAAGAUCGCGAUCAACUUUGUCAAGAAGCUUGGCUUCAACUGCGAGGCAUACGGCGACGGACAGCAAGCGGUGGAUGCACUGACCCGAGCCAGCAAAGACGGAAACCCCUUCCAUCUGGUCUUGAUGGACGUUCAAAUGCCAGUACUCGACGGCUACAACGCCACCCGCGAGAUCCGCAAACACGAAGACCCCCAGGUCCGCGACAUCCUCGUCAUCGCCAUGACCGCCAGCGCCAUCCGCGGCGACCGCGAGAAGUGCCUCGAAGCAGGCAUGAACAACUACCUCGCCAAACCCGUCCGCGCGGAUACCCUCAAACAAAUGCUCGAAUCCUACCUGCACCAACCCGCCAAGACCAUCCCCAACCUCCAACAAGAAGCCAACAACCUCGUGAACACCGUCGUCUCGCAAGUCGACACCAACACCAGCAACAACACCAACGGCCACACAUCAUCAUCAACAGAAAACCUCCCACCACCACCCAGCGCCAUCCCCGAGCGCCCUCGGUCCGCACGCCACGACGCCACGGAGAUCCACCUUUCUCCCGAAGAGAUGGCAAAAAAGCCCCAAGCCCAGGCGAACAUGCAGGCGCAGAUGCAGGCGGUCCAACAGCAGAUUAAGGAACUGCAAGAGAAGCCUAGUCGGGCGAGUGGGGCGAGGCCGGCGCUUGGGAGGGGGAAUAGUAGUUGGGAGACGGCGAGGAGAGGGGAGAGUGGGAGGGGGAAGGGGGAGUGA